AAUUAGGGUUUGCUCAUCAAGCUUCGAGAGAGAGAGAUAGAGAGAAUCUGAGGAUGGGUUCGCGAGAGAAGGAUCAAUAUGCGCCGCAUCAGCCUUUGCUUAGCAGCCUCAUCGUCCGGGCUACUGAAAGCGUCGGGGUUGAUGGUGGCGCGGCCGAAUAUGAACCUGGCGAGGUUCGUCCUGAUCCACCGUCUUCUUAUUCUCGCCCUGGUCGAUUCUCCGAAAAUAAUGGGUAUAGAAUUCGGGCAGGUUCUGGAUCUCCUCCUCCGGUCAGACCCAGAGGUGGUUCUGGAUCUCCUCUUCCGGUCAGACCCAUCGGUGGCCAUCGUUUCAGUCAUGAGUUUGAUCAUUCAGGUGGACCAACUCGAAGCCGUGGGUAUGGUGGUAGGAGAUCUCCACUUCCUCCACGUAGACAUCGCGACUACUCACCACCUAUGCGAAGUCGUACAAGAGGUGAAAACAAGUUUGUGGGAAAUAGAGGAUUUGAUGGAUCUGGAUUUGGUCGAGGUUCAUAUAGAGGUGGAGAUGACAUGGCUAGAAACAAUCCUAAUAUGCGACGGAGAGGGGAUUGGUUAUGCCACGAUCCUUUAUGCAACAAUCUGAAUUUCGCCAGAAGGGAACAAUGUAACAAGUGCAAGAUUCCUCGUUAUCCUCCUCCAAGAGGAAGGAGUCCUCCGAGAAGGGGAUAUCCUGGCCCUCCAUCUCCCCGUCAUCAAACUGGCCGUCCACUCAAUAGAUCCCCAGUCAGACCUUUAAUCGGACAUAGAUCCCCAGUCAGACCUUUAAUCGGACACAGAUCCCCUCGCCCCUCUCUAAGAGACCAACCUCCCAGAGACUUACUCAUCGGAGGUCAUCCUCCAUCUCAUGGACACGAAACCCCCAGAUUUCACGAUCACCAAUUGCGCAGAGAUCGUUUGGAUUUCCGUGAAGACGAACAUCGAGAAAGAAAUAAGCUCGAUAGAUCGAUCACGUCAGACUGGGCCCGCAGGGAAGCUUCAUCGCCGACCCGUGACAAGUGGACACAUCAUGAUACGAGACAAAGGAGCCGAUCUCCUAACCGAGGUGGACUUCCGAUAAAGGAUGGUGAUCAUCAUCGGAGGGAUUUGUACGUUGAGAGGAGGCGUGAAGAUAGACAUGGCGUGAACCAGAAUCAUCAUCAUCAUCGCAAAUAGACUAGAAGGAUUCCUUCUCCCUAUUUUUGCUUAAUGUUGUUUGUUUAGUGAUAUUUUGGUUAAACGGGGCUGACUGUCUUGGAUGAUGUUUGGUCUGUUCUAUUUUUUUCUCCAAUGGCGGAGGCGGCUAGAUUGAAGACUGGUACUCUGUACUGUUUGGGUCUUUGGGUUUUCCUAUGCUUUUUUUUUUACUAUAGAAGAUGGUUUUCUUUUAA